UUGCCGAAUCUACUUAAAUCAAUAGAGAUGGCAAGACAUUGAGGACACACUAGGUAGGCACUUUGAAAUGGCCAGCAGCUUCCUUUUUCUUAUUCACUUCUUGCUCUUAGUGUUCCUUCCUCCAACCCUUGAAGCAGCUCAAGAGGGUGAGCGCAGGGUAUUCAAUUUCAGGUGCAGUCACAAUGGGCCAUCAAUCCGAUUCCCAUUCUGGGUUAAAGCUUUCCACCCAGAUCGCUACCGCUAUCCUGGGUUCGAGCUAUCCUGUGAUAAGAACAAACAAACAGUCCUUGAUCUUCCCUUUUCUGUGAAGCUAUUUGUCAAGAAAAUUGACUAUAAAUUUCAAGUUAUUCGAUUGUAUGACCCAGAUGGCUGCGUUCCCGCAAAGCUUCCAAAACUCGACUUGUCUGCCUCCCCUUUCCAGUUCGAUGAAAUAUACUUAGGUAAUUACUCGUUAUUCAAUUGUUCUGCACCAGACAGAGAUCUAUUGGACCCGGUUCAUUGCCUUGGUGGCCCUGCCUACCAAGUGUAUUACAUACUUUCUAUCUUGAACCUCGACCGUUAUCCUUUGACAUCUUGCACUAACAUUCAUAACUUAGAAUCGGUGCCCUAUAAAAUAUUUGAUCAAAGAGGUAAGCUUCAGUUGAGUUGGUCGAAACCAAAUUGCUGUUUCUGUGAAGCUGAAGGCAAGAUUUGUAGAUUGAAGGAUAAUACCACAGAAAAUGAAACUGAAUGUGUUGCCAAAUCCAAAACACGCAAAGGUCAUGCAUUUAACAAACGAUUGUGGGCAG